GAAUCCAAACAUUCAUAGAAAUGAAACAGUUUCGUAAAUCACGCCCUUUCUCGGAACCCUCUUCCGCGUCAUCUCCGUCGUCGCUACACUCAAUCAUAUCAACCACACUCAGAUCAUUAAUGGCUUCCAAUUAUAUGCAUAAACACUCCCCUCCACCGCCGAAUAUUAUGCUAUCUUUCUUUCUACUGUCUGUUCACUGCGCGUCUCUGCAACCUAUGGAACUUCAUCUAUAGAAUCCCCUUCCUUCAAUUUAUUAAUCUUUGUUUAUUCCACAGGACGAUAUGGACGAAUUGCGCAGCAAUGCUGAAAACUGGUUGGUUGAGUUAUUCAGGCGGGAGAUGGGUUUAUGCGCUCCCCGGACUUUCUCUCGGGGCGUUUAUGCUUCCCAGAGCCUAAUUGAGCGCAUUGAUUUGUUCGGGAAAUUGAAAGGUCAUCAAGGAUGUGUAAAUAGCAUCGAAUUCAAUUCCACCGGUGACACCAUUGUCUCGGGAUCUGAUGACCUGGACAUAAAGCUGUGGGACUGGGCCACCAAGAAAUUGAAACUGUCAUACAUGUCGGGGCACCAGGACAAUGUAUUCCAUGCCAAAAUCAUGCCAUACACAGAUGAUCGCAUUAUAGUGACGGCAUCUGCUGAUUCACAGGUCCGACUCGGACAAUUAUUGGAAAAUGGUUCGGUGGAAACAAAGAAAUUAUCGGAGCACCAAGGCCAAUCUCAUUCUCUUGCUGUGGAGAGGGGCAAUCCUCACAUAUUUUAUAGUUGUGGAGAGGAUGGACUAGUCCAACAUUAUGAUCUACGAAGUUGUUCUGCUACCAAGCUGUUCUACUGCUCGUCACUCAGAGGUAAGACCAACUCUUCGAGUGCUAUUGACACGAACAGCAUAGACAUCGAUCAAAGAAAUCCCACCUACUUUGCCUUAGGAGGUGGUGAUGUAUAUGCACGUAUUUAUGAUAUUCGAAAAUGCCAAUUGAAUGGCUCGGCUAAAAAGGGAAGCCCCGUCGACACCUUCUGCCCUCAUCAUCUUAUCCGAAAAACUGGUUCCAUCACAGCAAUAUGCUUCUCUAGCUCAAGUGAGCUACUCGUCUCAUACAGUGGCGAACUAAUCUACUUGUUUCAAAAGAACAUGGGAUUGGGCAUGGUUCCUGAGUCCGAAGGCUCACACAAGCCGGACGAGCCACAAGAGUAUUUGGGGCACUUGAAUGUGAAAACUGUCAAGGGAGUGAAUUUCUUAGGCCCGAACAGUGAAUACGUUGUAAGCGGCUCAGACUGUGGUCAUGUUUUCAUUUGGGAGAAGAAGGGUGGGGAGCUCAUCCGCUUGAUGCGCGGUGAUCGGGAAAUUGUGAACCAAGUCGAGUCUCAUCCUCUUAUUCCAGUUGUUGCUACAUCUGGAUUAGGCAAGAGCAUAAAGCUUUGGUCUCCAUCUUCGUCGUAUGUCCGCUCUCUCCCUGACAAUCUCGACAAGAUACUAGAAGUAAAUCGAAGAGGCCGGGUGCGCUCACGGGCUGCAGUCCCUUCAGAAGCGAUCAUAAACGCCCUACGCCUCUACGAGAGGCAAGAACAAUUGGGCAUCGUUGGAGAGAGAUUAAACAUGGAAGAUGUUGAAAGUGACAGCGACGAUGAAGGGGAGGCUUUUCUUUUGGGCCUUUUGGGCGAUGGAAGCGAGGACAGGGGAUCAUUUUGACGGGGGUGAUCUUAGAGAAUAUGAUAUGAACUAGCCUCGAAGAAAGGAAGGAAUGACAAAAGCUCCAUUUUGGAAUCCCUACAUUUGGGAGGUACUUGUUCUAUUGAAACUCGAGAAAUUUAUUUUAAGUUUUGCAUUAAAAAGUCAUUAAUGGAGCAGCAUUCAAGGUAAUUUAGUUAAAAAAUUAUGAUAAGAAGCACAAAAUCGGAUCCAAGAAAGUUCUGAUCAUUUUGAGGAGGGUGACCCAAGGGAAUGUAAUAUUAGCUACUCUUGAAGAAGGCUUUACAAAUGUGAACUUCUUCUAACAAAUUUUGUUAGGCAUUAUCUGUGGUGGUAUAUUAUGUAUAGCAAGGAAUUCAUAUGCUCUAA